CCAGAAUUUUUCAGCGCUUGAGCCAUGAAAGUGGUCAUUACUGGUGGCUUUGGAUUUCUUGGCUUGCAUCUGUGCAAGAGAUUGCUGGCGAUCGGAGAGCUUACCUCGGCAGAUGAUGAGAAGAAAGAGGUGAAGCAAGUCAUUCUCUUUGACCUAGGUGAGGCAAAGGAUGUCCCGGAGGAUCCGCGGCUACGGAUCGUCACUGGAGACAUCACAGAUGCCUCAGAGUGCGAAAAGCUGAUUGAUGAGGCCACGGCGGCCACGGCGGUGCAACAUGCUGACAAGGAUGGCAUGGUGAUUUUUCACCUGGCUUCAGUGAUGAGCGGCGAUGGUGAGACGGACUUCGACGUUUGCUGGCGAGUGAACCUGGAGGGAACUCGAAAUCUGCUCGAGGUAUGCCGGAAAAGAGUCGGCUGCAAGUUCAUCUUUGCCUCCUCUGGAGCCUGUUUCGGUGAACGACCUGAGGGGCCUGAAACGGAUCUGACCAAAUUUCUGCCGAGUACCAGCUAUGGCAUGACGAAGGCGUGUUGUGAGUUGAUGAUCAACGACUACACACGUCGCAAUUUUCUCGAUGGCCGGGUGGCACGUUUGCCAACCGUGAUCCCUCGACCGGAGCGCAACAGUGGCUUGCCCGCGGCCUUUUCGGAUGUGCUGCGGGAACCUUUACUGGGGAAAGAUUGCGUCUUGAACCUCCCACCAGACAUGCCUCAUGCAGUGUGUGGCUAUCGGGUUCUGGUCAGGAAUUUGCUCCACUUGGCCGAUCUCCCGGCAGCUGCCUUCGCAGAUUCCACGGAUCGCUCUAUGAAUUUGCCGUGUUUGUCCCUGACGCUGCAGCAGCUUUACGAGGCCUUGCAGAGUUUGGUGCCUUCUGCACGCCUGGGGAAAGUGAGCUACGAACCCGAUGUCAAUCUGACGGCGAAGCUGAAGACCUUCCACCGAAACAUGUUGGCCACCCGGGCCCGUAGCAUGGGAAUGGUCGCGGAUGCUUAG